UAUAUGUGGCAAUUGCAUCGAGACGCUUGCCAGGCCAUUUCCGAGCAUUUCGGUGACCCAGAAAAUUGGUGUUUGUAGAAGAUGACUGACACAGGAGGAAGUGAGGAGAGAAACCGUAACAACAGUGAGUCCUCUUUAUCUGAGCGUGAUAAUGAAGAGAGACUGCAGCGGUCUCUGUCAGCAUCAGAUGAUUUUCUCUGUGGAUGUUGCUUUGAUUUGAUGGUUCAACCAACAACUCUAACAUGUGGCCACAGCUUCUGUAGGCUGUGUGUUGCCAACUGGUAUUUCUCUUCAAAGAAAAUGGAAUGUCCACAAUGCCGUAGUGCAUGGACAGGAAAUCCACAAAUCAAUAUAACUCUCAGGAAUCUCCUCAGCAAGAUGCAUGCAGACUCGAUACAGGAGAGGGAAGCAGAGAUACUGACAUCAAAAGCAAAGGAGACGAUUGCCAAGUUUGAUGCAGCAUUAUCUGAGAACAAUGUGUCAGAGUCCAAUAAAGCUCAGGGGCAGGGUUUCUGUGGAGGGUUAUGCUUGGCCCUCGCAAUCAUUGUGGUGGUGUAUUUAUCCUGGUAUUGGAGAAGCUCAGACCAGGAUCUCCUGGUACACAAACCUCUGGUCAAGUGGACAGUAGAUGAUGUUGACCAGUGGUUUACAGACAUGGGGCUCUGGACACAAGAAUAUGUGAAAAUUGUUAGGGAGAGAAACAUAGGUGGAAGUCUUAUGCUGCAGCUUGACGAGACCAACAUUGACAGCAUAUUCAACAUUUCUGAUCCGUUACAUAAAAGAGCCCUAAUCAAUUCUGUCAAUGUUAUCAAAGAUAGGGGUGUUAAACCACCAUCUAAUCUCUGGGAAUUCAAGUCACUGAACCCUGGUUGGGCUCUGUUUUUACUGUAUGGGAUGAAAGAUUUCCCACGGUCAACAUUGCUGUACCUGUAUUUCGUAGAGUAUGAGACAAUGUUCCUGCCAUUUGCACACGUGGUGUGUCCAAUCUCGGAAGACGUGCCCAAAUAUGAUUUCACUCAUUCUCCACCACCUUUAACAUCUGUUCAGUGGGCAGAGUUCAUGCCGAAGUAUUUAUUUCUGCCGUAUUUCCUGAUCGCAGAGUUUUCUUGGGAUUGGAUGGACAUUCACUACUGGACAUCAAGAUUUAUUCUCGCUAAUUGUUUGGUGUUGACACUUCUAGAAGCAAAUUACGUUGCUAUGUAUAUUAGAGGAGAAAAUGAAUUCAGGUCAAUAUCUGUCCUGGUAAAAUCUACACUGAAGAACUACCUAUCAAUAGGGAUUUUUGUCAUGAUAUGGCCCUUAGUGCCAUCGUUUGUCUGUGACUGUUUCUUUUACGUAGCCUUGUAUUUCUCACCAUAUCAAGUCAGUGAAAAGAUUUACACGCUGUGGAGAAGAUAGUAUCGGGAUGUGGAGGUUGUUGAGGAGAAGUGGAUUGUGAUAAUGUGCUCAUAUCAUGUAUUUAUGGAUUAUUCCUUGUAUUACAGUCGUGCUAUUGUCCUUUUGUAUCCUGUUUUGUCAGUUAAAUAUAUCAUUUUGUUUGCAAAGGGUAAAAAAUGGUAAAAGAGUUUUUACUGAAUGUUAACAUUCUUUAUAGUUUAUCUGUAUACUUUAAUAUUCAUACAAAAUGAUGUUGCUCAGACUGAUAAAUCAACUCAUUUCUGACAUGGUAUCUUGUCAACAUUGUGCAAAAAUAAAUACAAAAUUCAGUUCAUCAGGGAAAAAAAGACAUAAAUGCAAGUUACCAGUACUAAAAAUUUAUCAUUGUAUCUUAAGCAAACAUAAUACAAUGUCUUACCUUAAUUGUUACAAAAAAAUGAGCUUUCAACACUUUUGCCUGUAUACAAAGCGUGAAUUGUGUACGCAAGGCUGGGGAACAUUCAAUAGACUCAGUAUAACAAAAUGCUAGGCCUGAAAUAUUGCCUGUGCAACACCAGCUAAAUUAAGACAAUCAAGACUCAUGAAACAAUCUGACUCGUUUUGACCUGGACCAAGAGCCAAUCAGAAUGCGGAAAAUGAUGCUAACUUUAGACGAAAGUGUAUGAGUUUUCCAAAACUGCUGCAAUCGAGAGGCCCUUGGCAGGUUAAGCAUAGGUUUCAUAGGUUUAAAUAUGUCUCACACCACACCACACAGUGGUGUGGGAGACAUAUUCAUUUACUCCAGUCUGUGUGUCUGUCUAUCUGUCUGUUUGUCUGUCACAAAGCUUGUCCGCACUCUUUAAGUCGAACAUUUCUCAUCCGAUCUUCACCAAACUUGAACAAAAUGUGUUUGACCAAAGGACCUCGGCCAAGAUCAAUAACUAGCCAAAUCGGCCAAUACAAUUCGGAAUUAUGGCCCUUGAACAUAAUUGCCAACAACCACCGGUGCCAAACAGCAUUGUACACCGACACAGCAUUGUAGACCAGUUACUCCCAACACAUGAAUACUUAUUGGCCACAAACAGUAUACAAAGACAGCCUUACUACCGUAUUCAGAUGAUUAGGCAGUUGUGGGAGACAUACGCUUUUCUCAAAAGCACCUCUAGUUAUUUUAUUACUUCCAUAAACUUGAUGCAUUAGCAUUACUUAAUUUUUCUUCCUUUUCUCAAUUUUUACCUGAAAAUAUAUGCUUGUCCACAGACGAACAGAAUGCUCUUGUCCACCGGCGAAAAGUCCCAAGUCGGACAUAGGAAUUCCACAUCCCUGUAUCUAUUUAUUUUAAUCAGCUGGGCACCCUUUCUUCUUCUCCUUCUGAAUGCUACACUCCCUCAUAAUAAUGAAGAUUAUUGUCACACUGUUUUAGUCACACUGCUAAUUAUUUGCAGUAAUAAGUUGAACACUGUAUUGCAGUCCCAUUAACAGACAGUUUAAUUGUGUAAAAUCCUUGUUCUCGUACUUUGUUUGAAGUUUGUUUGAGAUGUAAUGUUAUUGUUAUUGGAUUUAGGAGGAAUAUGUGUAAACAUUUUGAAGACAUUGAGCGUCUGCAUAUGAUUUUUAGCUCAACAAUUCGAAGAAUAGGGGAGCUAUCCUACUCGCCCCAGCGUCGGUGUGAGCGUGAGCGUCACACCCCAAAUAUUUUUCCAAGUCCGUUGAGAUAUUGCUUUGAUAUUUUGUAUACUUGUUUACCAUCAUGACCCCAGUCUGUAAAAUGGAGGAGGCAACUCUAUCAAGCAUUUUGACUGAAUUAUGGCCCCUUUUCAACUUAGAAUAUGCUUAUUGUAAUGUUAAAGUUUGCGUACCACCCCAGAUAUUUUCAAAGUCCAUUGAGAUAUUGCUUUGAUAUUUUGCAUACUGGUUUACCAUCAUGACCCCAGUCUGUGAAAAGGAGGCAACUCUAUCAAGCAUUUUGACUGAACUUUGGCCCCUUUUCGACUUAGAAUAUGCUUAUUGUAAUGUUAAAGUUUGCGUACCACCCCAAAUAUUUUCAAAGUCCAUUGAGAUAUUGCUUUGAUAUUUUGCAUACCUGUUUACCAUCAUGACCCCAGUCUGUAAAAAGGAGGAGGCAACUCUAUCAAGCAUUUUGACUGAAUUAUGGCCCUUUUUCGACUUAGAAUUUGCUUAUUGUAAUGUUAAAGUUUGCGUACCACUAUCAAGCACUGAGAAUAGUUGAGCGCGCUGUCCACUGACAGCUCUUGUUUAUCAUUGUUGUGUGGUACCUUUUCUGCCCCAAAUCAAGCCAAUAUUGAGACAUUCCAGUAACCGGCUAUUAUGUUACUAUCUUAUCACAAUACUUAAAUAAUCUUGUUAUUCUUUGGCUGACUUGUAUAGUUACUGUGUUUCUUUGCAUUUUGUAAUUAAAGCAGAAAUAGAAAAAAAAACAGUGUCAUUUGUUACAGUUUUAAUUGUUAAGAAACAUAUGCUUUUCCUUGCUGUUGUAGAGAGGCAAGAGAAUAUGGGUAUAUUUUUGUUAUUUUUGAUUUAUAGGUGGAACAUCGGACUAAGGAUAGUUGUUAUACUUAAGGAUGUAAAGAAAGUUUGUUUAAGCAAAUGACCAUAUCAUUUUUCUGAGAUGUAAAAGGAAACAGGAAAGGUUCAUUCCAUUCACUGAAAGACUACAAAUGACCAUAUUUAGGGUUUUACUAUUGGAUGAAAAUUUUCCCUUACAUUCGAUCUGUUUUGUAGCAAAUGGCAGUUUUUCACUAAGAUUUAUAGGGGUAGGCCACUGCCAUGCUUAACUGUACACAAAUGUUGCAUAUAUUAGGAAGUUAUUUGUUUUGUUUUAUACCACAGAAGUUAGAAUUUGUAUUGUGCAAAUAAUAAUUCAGAUCUGACAUAAAAUGUUUGUGCUAGAAUCAAUGAAAGAAGAAACGGUUAUUUAUUUUCAAAAAUUGAAAAUUUCAGAUGUUAGUGCAUAGAACAAAUUUUUUUCUCCAAUAAGAAAAUCUUAAAUUAAAAAAAUUUCUAUAGCAGCAUUAUGUCAACAUUUCAGCAUUUAAUAUGACGGAAAAAUAUUUAUGUCUUACUUUCAAUGUUUUUGCUGGUUUACUUUUCCAUUUGGAACAAACUUUCCUUACACCCUUUAGAACCAAAAAAGGAUGCUUUAAGUAAUUAACUUUGGCAAUAUGGAAGUCAUAUGUAUAUUUUAUUGUAUUUGGUUAUUACAUGAUUUAAGAGAUGAUGCAGAUGCGAGUGAAUGUACGUUAAACAUUUGCUUACAGGAGAUAAGUAACAUUACAGGAGAAAUGGGAUUUACAAAGUUUUCUUUUAAGUUUUUUUCACUCCUUUGAGCUUGUUUUGACUGUUUUAUAUGUUUAUGAUUUUUCUUUGCUACUAGGGUAAAUGUAUAUUUUUGUAAGGAUGUUAUUUAUAUCAGUAUUUUUGUUAUUUAAGGAUUUGCUCUUUAAACACUUGCUUUCUAUGUUUUGUAGACAUUCUGCCUUCACAUUUAUCACAUUUUAGGAUGGCUUUAAAAUACUUUCUAGGCAUUUGGCAAAUUGGGACUGUUAAAAUGUGAUGGUCUGAAUAGUUGGUGUUGAUGAUGUCAUAAAUUUCUGUUCAAUGACAGGUACCUGUAUUUAGUAUUAAGAGCAGGGAAAGUAGGUUUGCAUAGUUUUAAAAUUAGAUACAAUGUGCAAUUUAUUGACAUGUGCAUCAUGUAUACACAAUCACACAAAAAUCAAAUAUUGAUGAAAAUAAAGUGCAAUAUAAUGUAAAGUUAUAAUGUAACGUUAACCCUCGCUGGUGGCGAGUGAUUUUGCCUUUGCAACCAGUGCAGACCAAGAUCAGCACUGGUCUGUAUAGUUAUUGAGUUUCUUUGCAUUUUGUAAUUAUAGCAAAAAUAGAAGAAAAAAACAGUCAUAUUUGUUACAGUUUAAAUCUUAAUUCAAAUUAUGGCCGUUUUUGACUUCGAAUAUUUGGAUGACAUUUUGCAUGCAAGUUGUAUCAUUGCCGUAACAGAAUUUAAAUUCAUUGUAAAGGUUAUAAUAAAAUAACUCAGUGACAUAAAUUUCACAGUUUUAUGGUCCAUGUUUGAGAAUGGACUGUCAAAUAGUUGAGCAAGCUGUCUUUAUAACAGUUCUUGUUUUGUAGCUGUUGAAAGCUGAUGAUUUAUAGUAAACUUAUUCUCACUGAUUGGUACCUAUGUGAUAGCUAUGAUAUUAACUCUGUUGUGAAUUUACUUCUUAUUUAUUAGUUUUACUUGGGUAGAGGAUUGUUAAUGACGAUCUGUCAAUUACAUAUUGUCCAUAUGCAAAAAGCAUUCUUCAGUUUUCACAGAAAGCCAGGUGCUUGUUGAGCUAUAUUUUAGUCUGAAGAAUGCCAAUUUGUCUAACGAGAAUAUGUAAUCACGCGAAAUUACGAAUCCACUGCCUUAAUGAGUACAUUGUAUAUCAAUCUUGAUUAGCACACAGUAAGAAUCAUCAGAAAUACGCAUAAUAUAUAUGUUGUGUUUUUAUUUGUACUGAUUUUAUCCAUAAAAUGGCAGCAAUUAGUCUGAUUGGCCAAUUACAAUAAAAUAGCUUGGCAGAAUAUAUUUUCAAAAUCUAAAUUUUGUUGAAAACCUAAACUCUUCUAAAGUAAAGAUUAAAAAAUUCCUGUAGGGUUUUGUUAGCUCACCAGAGCACAAAGUGCUCAGGGUGAGCUAUUGUGAUCACUCACCGUCCGGCGUCCGUCCGUCCGUCCGUCGUCCGUCCGUCCGUCCACACUUUCCUUUAAACAACAUCUCCUCCUAAACCAGCAGGCCAAUUUUGAUGAAACUUCACAGGGAUGUUCCUUGGAUGGUCUUCCCUAAAAAUUGUUCAAAGAAUUGAAUUCCAUGCAGAACUCUGGUUGCCAUGGCAACCGAAAGGAAAAACUUUAAAAAUCUUCUUCUCAAAAACCAGAAGCCCUAGAGCUUAGAUAUUUGGUGUGAAGCAUUGCCUAGUGGACCUCUACCAAGUUUGUUCAAAUCAUGACCCCGGGGUCAAAAUUGACCCCGCCCCAGGGGUCACUUGAUUUUACAUAGAAAAAUCUUCAAAAAUCUUCUUCUCGAAAACCAGAAGCCCUAGAGCUUAGAUAUUUGACAUGUAGCAUUGCCUAAUGGACCUCUACUAAAGUUGUUCAAAUCAUGACCCCGGGGUCAAAAUUGACCCCGCCCCAGGGGUCACUUGAUUUUACAUAGGAAAAUCUUCAAAAAAUUUCUAAAAAUAAACCAGAAGGCCUAGAUCUUAGAUAUUUCACGUGUAGCAUUGCCUAGUGGACCUCUACAAAAUUUAUUCAAAUCAGACCCCCGGGGUCAAAAUUGACCCCGUCCCAGGGGUCACUUGAUUUUACAUAGGAAAACCUUAAAAAAUCUUCUUCUCAAAAAGCAGAAGCCCUAGAGCUUAGAUAUUUGACAUGUAGCAUUGCGUAGUGGACCUCUACUAAAGUUGUUCAAAUCAUGACCCCCGGGGUCAAAAUUGACCCCGCCCUAGGGGUCGCUUGAUUUUACAUAUGAAAAUCUUCAAAAAUUUUCUUAAAAUAAACCAGAAGGCCUAGAGCUUAGAUAUUUCACGUGUAGCAUUGCAUAGAGGACCUCUACAACAUUUGUUCAAAUCAUGACCCCAGGGUCAAAAUUGACCCCGCUCCAGGGGUCACUUGAUUUUACAUAGGAAAAUCUUCAAAAAAUUUCUAAAAAUAAACCAGAAGGCCUAGGUCUUAGAUAUUUGACAUGUAGUAUUGCCUAGUAGACCUCUACAAAAUUUCUUCAAAUCAUGACCCCGGGGUCAAAUUGGCCCGCCCCAUGGGGUUACUUGAUUGUACAUAGAAAAAUCUUCAAUAUUUUCUAAAAAUAAACCAGAAGGCCUAGAGCUUAGAUAUUCGACAUGUAGCAUUGCUUAGUGGACCUCUACAAAAUUUGUUCAAAUCUUGACCCCCUCAGGGUCAAAUUGACCCAGCCCCAGGGGUUACUUUAUUGUACAUAGGGAAAUCUUCAUAAAUUUGCUUAAAAUAAACCAGAAGGCCUAGAUCUUAGAUAUUUGAUAUGUAACAUUGCCUAGUCGACUUCUACAAACUUUGUUCAAAUCAUGACCCCCGGGGUAAAAUUGGCCCCACCCCAGUGGUUACUUGAUUGUACAUCGGAAAAUUUUCCAAAAAAUUUUCCAAAAAAUUUCUAAAAAUCAUCAGUUUGACAUUUGAAACAUAUUACUCUGGUGAGCGAUCCAGGGUCAUCAUGACCCUCUUGUAUAUUGAUCCUAGGACACUUGACCAGUUUUUAGCUCACUUGAAUUUGGUUCAGGGUGCGGUAUUAGCAUAGAUGGAUGGCAGUCCAAACAUUGUGCAUUGUCCUGCAUCAACAUUUUAUUUUGAACAUAUUAUUCUCUGAAACUAUUGGACAGAAUUACACCAAACUUUGUCUGCAGCAUCCUGCCAUUGCCAACUUUCAGGAUUUUUUUUAAUUGAUUUGCUUUGCCCCUUUUAGGGGCCACAAAAGCUAAAACUUGAAAAAGCAUUUAACAAUUGCUUUCCAUGAACCACUGGAUGGAUCUUCACCAAAAUAGGUCUGCAUCCUUGUAUGGUCUUCUUUCAAAUUGAUUCUAAUCUUUUAGGGACUGCCAAAUAAUAAAAAAAGCUUUUUAAUGAUUUCUUAUGAACAGCUUGAAAGAUCAUGGCUAAACUUGGUCUAUAGCUUCCUAGGAUGGAUCCUUUUGAAUUUUAUUCAAAUGUUCCCACUUGAAUGCAGGUAGAGCAAAAAAUAGGAAAGUUUUCUCACUUAAUGUAUCUUCACCAAACUUGAUCUGUAGCACCUUUGGUUGAACCUCUCUCAAGUUUAUUCAAAUGGCUAUUAACCCUUACCCUGCUAAAUUUCUAAAAUGGACUCGUCCAUCAUUCAAUUUGGGCAAUACCAUUUAUUAUUCAAAGUGGGGUUCACUGAAAAUUUACUGACUGAAUAGCGAACAGUGCAGACCAUGAUCAGCCUGCACAUCCGUGGUCUGGUCUUGGUCUGCACUGGUCGCAAAGGCAGAAUCACUUGCCGCCAGCAGGUUAAGGGUUAAGUAUUUUUCGACUUUUGCAGCAAAAAAUGUAAAAACAAUGAACUGCUUAAUGGAUGUUCACUUGAUUUGGUCAGAAGUAAGGUCAAAAGGUCAAGGUCCUCCUCAGGUGAGCAAUUUUGACUCAUUUGGCUUCUCGUUGUAGGAUGUUAUGUUUCACAUUCCAAAAAAAAAAUCUUCUUGUGGCUUCUCUGUUAAAAUGUUGUGUUUUUUUUCCUUCCACAGCAUCCUUACACUUACACCAGUAUAGGUAAAACACUGAGAUACUGGUAGUACAGGUACAGAAUCAAGGAAAACUGGUACGGUUAAAUGCAUAACCAGGAUAACUGAAGUCCUUUUGAAAAUGGUGCGGAACCCAAAGCAAUGAUCUAUGUCCUAAAAAGAGUUACGGCAAAUUUUUAAGUAUGUGACAUAUAAAAAUAGAUUGGCUUCAUGUUAAGUUUAGCUUUUUCUAAUGGUAAAAUUAUAUUGUAUUUUUAUAUUUUGAUAAUAUUAUCUUGUUUAUCAGUUUAAAUGUAUUACAUCUUGUUUCUCCAUUUGAAUUUAUUACAUCUUUUUUAACCAUUAAAUGUGUGACAUCUUGAUUAUCCAUUUAAAUGUAUUACAUCAUGUUUAUCCAUUUAAAUAUAUGACAUCUUGUUUAUCCAUUUAAAUAUAUGACAUCUUGUUUAUCCAUUUAAAUUUCCUAAAUUGCUGCAAGCCUUGUUACAGCAAUAUUGAUCUUUAAAAAAAAUCUGAAUAAAUUUGUAAAACUGAA